AUGACUUCAAAGCAGUCCUUCAUCUGGCAGGACAAUGGAGAGACAUUCUCCUGCCACUGGGAAAGGGCCAAGCCCGUUUCAAAUGCAUUCGCAACGCUCAACUUAGUAUUGCGACUGACAGACCCCGGACAAGGACAGAGCCAGGCCACCGAAGAUAAUGUCGUGCUCGCCUUUCUUGCGGAUACGGCUCGUCGUUCGCCUCAUCCACCGGAGUCGCUGGUCAAACUGCUCAUCCCACUGCACCGCGGCUUUAUAGUCCGAUCCGACUUCCUCACCGUGAGAAUGAUACGUUGCCCGAUUGUGCAGUGCGUCCAGGAGCUCUGUUUUCCGAACCAGUAUCUGGAGGUACCCGGGCCUCACGUCUCUGAAUUCGACGAGCUCAGCCGCUAUGCGGUUGGCGCGGUGGUACUGCGUUCCGACAAGGAUUGCUCUUCAGCUAUGCAGCAACUUGACGAAGAACUCCAGAACCGCAUUCCACGGUCAUAUGUGCUGUCUACGCCGUUGGAAAACGAUCACCUGGUGAUUGCAGGUCAUCGGCAUCCAGCGGUAAUGGCAGGCUACCUUGCCUCUGCCGCCGCUCUGGGCAUCCGUGUUACACUCGUUGACGGCGAAGGAGAAUUUCUCCCCGUGGAGAGACGGUCGGGUGCGGUUGCGAAAUGCAUCCCGAUUGACAUGACAGCGGACGACGGGCUUGCAAGUCGUAUCGUCGACGCCCUGGCUGCGACGGGGGAGAAAUACCACGGAAUCACCACGUUCACAGAUACCUGGCUGAUCCCUGUGGCCAAGGCAGCGCAGGCUCUGGGACUACCUACUACGUCUCUGGACACGGUAGAGCUCUGCCUGGACAAGCACGCCACGCGCCAGCUCUGCCCCGAUGGAUUCCAGCCCCUGCGAAUCAAGACCGUGGCCGACCUACAGAGCCACCUGUCCAGCUCCCAGCUUGACUAUCCUCUGAUAGUGAAGCCCUGCACCGCAUGGGGCUCACAGGGCGUCCACAAAGCGUCCACCGAAGAGGAGCUACUCGCGGCCGUUGCGCAGGCGCAGGCUUCAGCAAAAGGCUCGGACCUCCUCAUCGAUCGGUACGUCGAUGGGCCCGAGGUGGACGCGAAUUUCGUCCUGCAGGAUGGCGAGAUCCUGUUCUUCGAGCUAGUCGAUGGCCUCCCCUGCACCGCCGAGGUGGACAGCCCGGGCCACCCGGGCGACUUCCUGGAGACAGACGAGAUUUGGCCGACAAACCAUCCGCAGCGGGAAAGCGACAUGAUCCGGUCCCGUCUCCACAGCAUCCUCCUCCGCACCGGCGUCCGCACCGGCGUGUUCCAUCUCGAAGCGCGGAUUGAAAACUCCGCCAUGCACUAUACCCUGCAGGACGGAGUCCUUGACUUGCGUCCCCGCGCGGCAGAGCCCGCCGGUGACCCAUCCGCCUUCUUACUCGAGAUCAAUCAGAGGGUACCGGGGCACGGCGGAAGUUGGGGCACCGCAUUAGCGUACGGGAUCGACUAUCCAGCCAUCUACAUGCUCGGGGCUCUGAAUGAGAAGCAACGGUUUCGGUCGCUUUCCGUUCCGUUUGCGAACGGAGCUCCGCAAUGGGUUGAUAGCGUUUUCAUCAACUCGGACCAGGCGGGUGUUUAUGAUGGAGACGAUGUCUGCCAGGACCUGCGGAAGCGCAGGCCAGACCUCAUGACGCACGUGCAGUACAGCAAUUGCUAUUACGGCAAUGGGGAGACCAUCACGGAUUCGCCAGCGCGGAUUGCGCUCUUCGUUGUGGCUUCCCAUGAAAGUCGGCAGAAGGUCUUGGAGAUUUCAAAGGAAAUCCGCCAGUGGGUUGAAGUGAAGGUGCGGUAA